AAUAUUUGUAAUAAAUUUCCCAUUUUAUGAACUGUUCUUUUUAGCGAAACAUUAGUAUCGAUUUUCAAAAGAGCUGUAAACCCGUACCACAACACCACCACGGUACCAAAGGGACGACAGAAAACUCUCGCCUCAUUGCGCGGUGGCGCAGCCACAGUUAAUAAAAGGAUGAAUCAGACAGUUGUAUCGAUUGCAGUCGGACACGGUGUACACGUGACAAAUAGCUGGAAACAUACAACCCGAACGGCUUGCCUUUAAGCGCUGGUGAUGUUUACAUGCUUAAUUAAGCUGAUCAGUUCUAGAAGCACUGGCACUUGUACCAGGGAUUGCAUUUGAGUAUAGAAGGGAAAACACGGGUCGUCUUCAUACACCCACACAUAUAUGUAUGGCUCACAACAGCACAAACAAUGUGCAUUGGUUUGGCCACGUAUAAUGAAGGUACAACAAGAAACCAGUUGUACACACUCAGUGACGUGUGUUAAUUGCUUCGCCUGUCUAACGAGUCUGUACUGCUGAACGCAUAAAAUUUUCUAUCAUCUAAUACAGCAGAAUGUUGAAAUGUAGAUCGACGGAACUUUAUUGUUCUUACCCAAUACUGCUAAUGUUUGAUGGUAAGAUUUGUCUUGUAUUAUUGCAUCAUUCUUCUCGUAUAUAAUGUGCCUUGUUUCCUAAGGCAGCAAAUGUUAUUGAUUUAUUAGACCUUCCGUUCACAAUUGCUUAUUGUUGCAGUAUUGGUAGAAUUAGCUCCAAUUUCUAAAACAUCCAGGCACAGCUGACGGAAGGACACGUCAUUGUUUUGCAAAUCAAUCAUUACAAUCACAACCAAAUGCUGUUCUUCUGGGAUGGAAUGGUCCCUUUAUUUAUGCUGAAGCUGUAGUAAUAAAUUUGAUUUGAAACAUAAGCAAUUAAAAUAUAAAUCACCCUUGUGUGUAUGUGACAGUAAAUUAUAGCAAAAACCACAAUUAUUUCUGCUUUGUUAAUAUUUUCAAAUACAACCAAUAAUUAAAUGUUUUUCAGCCACAGUUUACCGUAUUUUUUCGGAAUAUUUUUCAAUUUACAGAUUAAAAAAAGAAUUAUAUACUUAAAAAAAUCCGUAACUCAACUUCUGUAAUAUUCGUGCAAUUUGUUAAAUCAUUGUAUUGGUAAACAAACAUCUUUUUAUAUUUUCAUCUACGUGCAAAAUCGGUAGUACGUACUGUGGAAAUUCCCAUGGUGGUUUCUGUAAGACGGUUGAUACUUAAACCGAUAAGACUUGAGAUAGUUGCUAAUCUCUGCUCGCUUUCACUGUGUGUAAUGUUUCAAACAAAAUCCAGAUUCUACAUUAGGGUCCCUUCAUGAAUACACGGAUUUGUUUGUGUUUUUAGAAGUAUGAUGCUUGAGAGCUUUGAUUAAAAUUGAUCAUUAUUAACAACCUGAAUGAUAAUUAACGAUUGGUGUUUUCUUUAUUGACAUCCUUCUUAGUCAAUAAGAAACAAUGUUAUGUUGACUACGGUAUCUUUGUAAGAAGUAGGUACGAACCUACUUAUAAAUUCGUUUAAACAAUUGCUAAAAAAGUGUCUUAUUUCUAGGCGGUGGUGCUGUAUAUUUAAAAUGGAAUGAAGAGGAACGGAUUUCAUCAGGCAUAUUUUUCGAGAAAUUAACGCUCAACUUCCACCACAGAAGUCUGCUAAAUCACGUCACUUGCUGUACAAGUAUAGGACACAGUAUAUACGUGUCCCUUUCCAGUUGGAUAAUGAUAAGAGUUUGUGAAUGUGUACAAAAAGUGGCGAAGUGGGUUGUGUGAAAUCGUAAAACCCCAACUGUUGUCAGUAGUGGGACAGCAGCCUUAAAAAUAAUGCCGUUUUCAUCAUAUGAUAACGACGGGCCGUGGAAUCGUGAACACUGUGGUUUGAAAGAUGGUUUGAAAAAUUACCUUUGAACAUUGUUUGUGGGAUAGGUUGAACAGUGAGAUUUAAAUGAUACUUCGAAUAGGACGUACCAGUGUACAAGAGUUCAAGAGUAACUGACGAGUACUGAUGAACAGAAACUCAUCUACUCUGGCCAGCUGCUCAGCGACAGUGUAGUCCUGAAGGACGUUCUUCGCCAAUACGAUGGUCAGCAGGCACACACGGUGCAUUUAGUGUUUACGCCAAAGAACAGCUAUUACGGUGGAGGCGGCAGCAGUAGUAGCAGUGGUAGCAAAUCGAAUGCCAACAGUAAGAUGGUUUCGAAUGCAAGUACAUCCUCUGCCGGGACGAGUAGCAGUAGUAGCAGCAACGGUGCUAGCAACAAUCGCAAUUCCAGUACCUCUGUCGGCUCUAGCGCAUCCUCCACCUACGAAGGAAGUUCACGUGAAGGUGUGAACAAUAGUGAAGAAUCUAACGGCGAUGGUCUGCGUCAACGUUCCGCUACGCAGGCUAGAUCCACGGUGAGAACAAGCCCAAGACCGUCGCAAUUCGUAGAACAAACGGCCGCUCUUCAAAAUUUCAUGCAACAUACGUACAUGCAGUACCUAAAUCAAUACAUUAAUCUAAUCAACGAGCAACAAACAAAUGCGAAUGCUUUAUAUUCUGGUUCGGGUUUGCCUGGAGCUAAUGGAAGUGCUGAAACAGCACCUACAACCCUCAAUCCCCUAUCGGGAAACCAACCAUUUCCAGCCGUUCCAUUCGUGCCGAUCGUACAAUCAACAGCAAUGGCUGGAGGUUUCCCUAAUUUUGCCUAUUACCCCUGCAUGACACCGGCCCCGUACGCCAGUGGGUUUCCUUCUACCAGCAACAUUCCAACUGCUUCGUCUGAUGCAAGCGAUGCUGGCAGUGUCACAGGCGUACUGCCAGGAGUACCAUCCGGUGCAAAUCCUUUCCUAUCAUCUUCCACGCAUCCUAGCACCGGUAUGGCAUCGACAUCCGGUCAGCAAAUUCCCUCACCACAAAUCCCUGGUAUAGUAAACCCACCAUCCAGUUCCUCGUUAGCCGCUGGUGAUGCGACAACUCCGGCAACAUCGGCAAAUGGUGCCGAAGCGACUGCUGCAGCACCUGCGGAACAAGCUGCUCCACAGGAUGCAGCCCCAGCAGCAGCUGCACCCGCUCGGGCACGUCGGUUUCCAAACAUCGUAGUCGAGGAGCAGGAAAACAACGAUUGGCUGGAUGUUUUCUUCAGCAUGUGCCGCGUUGGAAUUUUGAUUACGGUCAUUUAUCUUUACUCGUCUCCGAUGCGAUGCCUGACGGUACUUUUCAUUGGUGUGAUGUUGUAUCUGAAAAAACAUCUAGACCGUGUCUAUCAGGCGAUUGACCGACGUAUACCUCGGUUGCAACCAGCGCAAGAUGCUAAUGGUGUUGCUCAACGGGAACAACAACCAGUGGUGGCUCAACCAAACAAUAAUGUACCUGAGCACAAUCCAGAACAGCAGCUACCGAAUGAAGCGAACGUUAGCGCCGCUGGUGUGGAUAAUGUUGCAAAAACGAACAGCAGCGAAACGGAAAGCGCUACGUCUGGAACCUCUGACCAGCAAGGAAGUGUUAGCGAUGAUUCUACCAGCAACAGAACGGUUGUGCCACGUCCACGAACUAGCUCUGCCGGUCGAAGUACAGAGCAAACUCCAAAUAUAGCUGAAGAGGAGCAACAGAUCGAACGGACGACUAGCGAAGGUGAACCGGCGGCUACCGCUGAACAACCUGCUGCUGAAGGUCAGCGGAUGACAUUCAACGAUAUGACUUCGUUCCUCGGCACGCUGGUGAUAACAUUCUUCACUUCCAUAAUCCCCGAUACGCCUGCAGCGUAAGUCUUGCGCAAGAUGGCAUAACACGGUAAGAUUAGGUGCUGUGUUGAUGUGUGUUACUGCUUUUUAAAUUUCUUCUUUGGAGGGAGAGAAAGUGUGAACAGUUCCGUUUUCCGUUCAUUACUGUGUCACAGUCCAGCUGAAGCGUUAACAUAACCGAAAUGCAGAAGCUUUGUACAGUUAGAUUUACAUAUGCGGAGGGAUAUUUGGGUAACAACACACUUUAGCGAACACAUUUUCGCUAAACAUAAAAUGUGCGCUUGCAGCUGAUGCGUACCGAUGGGGGCAUUUUUCUAAACCACUGGAGGAAAAAGGGAAAGGGCGUGGGAUAAAGAACGUGGCGAUAUGGUGUAAAUUGCAGGAGAGCUAACGACCACUAGAAAGAUGGUAGUCGUUGUUUAUUGUACGAUUCUGUUUUGUUUAAUUUUUAAAUUUCACUCAUGAUAUAUUAUUUAAUAAUCUGUGUUAUUAACGGCCAUGCAUGUGUGUGCACGAUGUAUAGAAUCAAUCACAUGAAAGGAAAGUUCGUUAUUUAGAUCUUACACACUAGCAGGACCUUUAAUUGUGGAAGCACAGAACAUCGUAGUACGUGUACGGAAAAAAAAGUUGUUGUGUGUGGUGCUAUUUAGGUAAUCGUGUUGGAAUUUUAAAUCACGCAAAAAAAAUGCUUCAAAAUUUACCCCACCCAUUUGCGUUAGCCUUUCGUUUAUUGCUGCUUCCCGCUGGGAGGGAAUGAUUAUCAAUCGUAUUAUAAUAUCGGAUGCGAAUAAAAACGAUAACAAAUAUAAAGAAAAAAUGAGCAACAAUAUUUAGAUUUAGCCAACAAAGUAGAUGAAUGUGGAUGGUAGAUUUUACACGUUUGGCAUAAACGCAUACUAACGACCCGAAGGAAUAAUAAUAAAUGGAUUUAGACCCUGUUACACAAAAAAAAGCAAGCUUUAAGCUAGGUGGACAGAUUUCGUUCGUUAGCACGAACUAACCAAAAAAAACUAUUAGCAGAAAAACACAAACAAACAAAAACAAUAAAUGAUAUGUGUAAUAAGUUAAUAAAUUUUGUUGUCGAUCCUUAAAAUAUUUCUUAAUUUUUACGUCUUGUUAAAUCAUUGUGAUUGAUGUAUUAAUAAUGAAAAUAAAAAAAAUCAAAUACAAAAGUA